GUAGCUAUUGUUGGCUCAGGCAUGGCCGGCCUGGUAACCGCGUACCUACUCCAUCAAGAUACUCGCAAGCGGUAUGCAGUGAAGCUUUUCGAAUCGGGUAAGACACUGUCUCUGGACUCCGCCUCAGUAUCGAUACCCAAUUCCUCCGGAACGCUGUCGGAUCGUGUCGACCUCCCCAUGCGCGCCUUCGCUGGAGGAUAUUACAACAACCUGAGGGCCAUGUACGAUCACUUAGGUGUCAGGUACCAUUCGCAGCGCUUCUUAUUUGAAUUUGCCAACGGGGAUUCGGCGAAUACUGAGCCGGGACACACUGGGGAAGACUCUUCGUAUUUCGUCUACGCUUCGAACCUUCACAAGACCGCCCUACCUCGACCGAAAGCGAUGGCUUCCGUGACAUACUUGGUGGAAGCAGUAUAUUUGCUGGCAUGCUACGCUUGGUUUUCCAUUUGCUGCUUUCUGGUGACACCUCAGACGACAAAUGACGUGUCGGAAACCCUAGCCCAUUAUUUACAGCGCAUACACCUGCCGGAGUACUUUGUGACGUACUACCUCCUUCCGCUGAUAUCAAGUGUUUCGACUUGUCCGCAUGAGGCGCUCCUCAAAUUCCCUGCAAGAGACUUGACGGAGUAUAAAAGGAGGACGCAUGGUGCUCCGCACUACACCGUUUCCAACGGUGUGAAGACCGUUCAGGACAUGCUCGUGGGGGGAAUCGAUUACGAAUUAUCUACAAUGGUGUCGGAAAUUGAGCUGCAGAGAAGUGGUAUCAAGAUUUGCUGGAAGAAGGUUAAUGACCAGGGGGGUGCGGCUUCUGUUCAAGAAGAAAUUUUCGAUCGAGUAGUCCUUGCCGUCGCGCCAGAUAUUGUCGGCGAGAUCUUCGACCCCUUGCGUCGCUACAUGACGAAGAUACCCACGACUAUUGUUGAAAGUGUGGUCCACACCGAUCGAAAGCUACUUAGUAUAGAAAAUCCAGAGGAGGGAGAUGGUCAUAGGCACCCAGCCCAGAUAAUCUCCCUCCGGACAUCAACAAAUGGCGCCCAUCGGACAGAAUCUCUUCACUUGCAACCUUGUGGCGCCAUCGUCACUACUUGUCCUUUCACCGCCAUUGAUCCCUCUCUCAUAAUCCAUUCAGCAAGGUUCACUCGUGUUCUCCGGAGCCCGGAAAGCAGACGGGUUGUAAAUAGCAUAUUCAACAAUACACCUCACUAUUAUGGGGAUGAAAAGUCCAGGCCGAUUUGGAGGAAUGGAGACAAUGGUGUAUGGUUGGCCGGAGGAUGGUGUUGGGAUGGAAUGGUUCUUUUAGAAGGCUGCAUACUCUCAGCCAUGCGAGUAGCGGAUGCGUUUGACGUCGAUGUGCCCUGGACGCGCGAGAGCGAGACUUAGUGAGGUUUGGUUGAAGGCAUGUGGCAUAGCAGUG